ACAGCUUAAAACCAAUUCCAGUUACUCAAAAACAUCCAAAAAAUAUGUACGCAAGUAAAAGCAUUAACACACAAGAGAUCACUAAAAGGUUUUCAAAAAUGUUUAUUAUCGAUCCAGUGGAUGGUGAAAUUUCGGAUAACACGAAAAUACAUAUUAGUAAAUCAAUUGAUUUUGUCGACAUUAAUGAUGAUUACGAAUUAUUUUUGAAAUGUUUUAAGAUAAAUAAGUGA